ACCGAGUACGGGUGCCGAGCAGGCUCUCACGGAAGUCCAUUCGCUAUUGGGAGGUCCGCAGUGGCUGCUCUGUGCCCUUGUUGCCGAGGGCCUCUUCUUGGGUCAUUCCUGGAGUAGGAGCCGGACUGGGGCUGACACCGAGGCUUCCCCCUGGCCGCCUCGGCGCCUGUGUGACCUCCUCGCCGGCGGGAUGUGGCGACUACGCCGGGCUGCCGUGGCCUGUGAGGUCUGCCAGUCCUUAGUGAAAUACAGCUCUGGAACAAGAGGAAGCUUACCACUACAAAAACUGCAUCUGGUUUCACGAAGUAUUUAUCAUUCGCAUCAUCCUAUCUUAAAGCUUCAAAGACCCCACUUCAGGACCUCAUUUCAGCAGUUCUCCUCUCUAACUAACCUUCCUUUACGUAAACUGAAACUCUCUCCAAUUAAAUAUGGCUACCAGCCCCACAGAAAUUUUUGGCCAGCGAGAUUAGCUGCAAGACUCUUAAAACUUCGGUAUCUCAUACUCGGAUCUGCUGUUGGGGGUGGCUAUACAGCCAAAAAGACUUUUGAUCAGUGGAAAGACAUGAUCCCUGACCUUAGUGACUAUAAAUGGAUUGUGCCUGACAUUGUAUGGGAGAUUGAUGAGUAUAUCGAUUUGGAGAAAAUUAGAAAAGCCCUUCCUGAUUCAGAGGACCUUGCAAAAUUGGCACCCGACUUUGACAAGAUUGUUGAAAGCCUCAGCUUAUUAAAGGACUUUUUCACCACAGGUCACAAAUUGGUUAGUGAAGUCAUAGAAGCUUCUGACCUACUUCUCUUGUUAGGUUCACCUGGAGAAACGGCAUUUAGAGCGACAGAUCCAGGGUCUGAAAGUGACAAGCGUUAUAGAAAGGGUCUGCUUGGUGAGCUCAUUCUCUUACAACAGCAAAUUCAAGAGCAUGAAGAGGAAGCGCGCAGAGCCGCAGGCCAAUAUAGCACGAGCCAUGCCCAACAGAAGCGCAAGGUGUCAGACAAAGAGAAAAUAGACCAACUUCAAGAAGAGCUUCUGCAUACCCAGUUAAAGUACCAGAGAAUCUUGGAACGGCUAGAAAAGGAGAACAAAGAAUUGAGAAAAUUAGUAUUACAGAAAGAUGACAAAGGCAUCCAUCAUAGAAAGCUUAAGAAAUCUUUGAUUGACAUGUACUCUGAAGUUCUUGAUGUUCUGUCCGAUUAUGAUGCCAGUUAUAAUACACAAGAUCAUCUGCCAAGGGUUGUUGUGGUUGGAGAUCAAAGUGCUGGAAAAACUAGUGUGUUGGAAAUGAUUGCUCAAGCACGAAUAUUCCCUAGAGGAUCUGGGGAGAUGAUGACACGUUCUCCGGUUAAGGUGACUCUCAGUGAAGGCCCUCACCACGUGGCCUUGUUUAAAGAUAGUUCUCGGGAGUUUGAUCUUACCAAAGAGGAAGAUCUUGCAGCAUUAAGACGUGAAAUAGAACUCCGAAUGAGAAAAAAUGUGAAAGAAGGCUGUACUGUUAGCCCUGAGACCAUAUCCUUAAAUGUAAAGGGCCCUGGACUACAGAGGAUGGUGCUUGUUGACCUACCAGGUGUGAUUAAUACUGUGACAUCAGGCAUGGCCCCUGACACAAAAGAAACUAUUUUCAGUAUCAGCAAAGCUUAUAUGCAGAAUCCUAAUGCUAUCAUACUAUGUAUUCAAGAUGGAUCUGUGGAUGCUGAACGCAGCAUUGUUACAGACUUGGUCAGUCAAAUGGAUCCUCAUGGAAGAAGGACAAUAUUUGUUUUGACCAAAGUAGACCUGGCAGAGAAAAAUGUGGCUAGUCCAAGCAGGAUUCAGCAGAUAAUUGAAGGAAAACUCUUCCCAAUGAAAGCUCUAGGUUAUUUUGCUGUUGUAACAGGAAAAGGAAACAGCUCUGAAAGCAUUGAAGCUAUUAGAGACUAUGAAGAAGAAUUUUUUCAGAAUUCAAAACUCCUAAAGACAAGCAUGCUAAAGGCACACCAAGUGACUACAAGAAAUCUAAGCCUUGCUGUAUCAGACUGCUUUUGGAAAAUGGUACGAGAGUCAGUUGAACAACAGGCCGACAGUUUCAAAGCAACACGUUUUAACCUUGAAACUGAGUGGAAGAAUAACUAUCCUCGCCUGCGAGAACUUGACCGGAACGAACUGUUUGAAAAAGCUAAAAAUGAAAUCCUCGAUGAAGUUAUCAGUCUGAGCCAGGUUACACCAAAACAUUGGGAGGAAAUCCUUCAGCAGUCUUUGUGGGAAAGAGUAUCAACUCAUGUGAUUGAAAACAUCUAUCUUCCAGCUGCACAGACCAUGAAUUCUGGAACUUUUAAUACGACAGUGGAUAUCAAGCUUAAACAGUGGACUGAUAAGCAGCUUCCUAAUAAAGCAGUCGAGGUUGCUUGGGAGACCCUACAAGAAGAAUUUUCCCGCUUCAUGACAGAACCGAAAGGAAAAGAGCAUGAUGACAUAUUUGAUAAACUUAAAGAGGCUGUUAAGGAAGAAACUAUUAAACGCCACAAGUGGAAUGAUUUUGCAGAGGACAGCUUGAGGGUUAUUCAGCACAAUGCUUUAGAAGAUCGGUCCAUAUCUGAUAAACAGCAAUGGGACGCAGCUAUUUAUUUUAUGGAAGAGGCUCUUCAGGCUCGUCUCAAGGAUACUGAAAAUGCAAUUGAAAAUAUGGUAGGUCCAGAUUGGAAAAAGAGGUGGUUAUACUGGAAGAAUCGAACCCAAGAACAGUGUGUUCAUAAUGAAACCAAGAAUGAACUGGAGAAGAUGUUGAAAUGUAAUGAGGAGCACCCAGCUUAUCUUGCAAGUGAUGAGAUAACUACAGUCCGAAAGAACCUUGAAUCCCGAGGAGUAGAAGUAGACCCAAGCUUGAUCAAGGAUACUUGGCACCAAGUUUAUAGGAGACAUUUCUUAAAAACAGCUCUAAACCAUUGUAACCUUUGUCGAAGAGGCUUCUAUUACUACCAGAGGCAUUUUGUAGAUUCUGAGUUGGAAUGCAAUGAUGUUGUCCUGUUUUGGCGAAUACAGCGAAUGCUUGGUAUCACUGCAAAUACUUUAAGACAGCAACUUACAAACACUGAAGUCAGGCGAUUAGAGAAAAAUGUUAAAGAGGUACUGGAAGAUUUUGCUGAAGAUAGUGAGAAGAAGGUAAAAUUGCUUACUGGUAAACGAGUUCAACUGGCUGAAGACCUCAGUAAGUAAUCCUUCCUGCCCUCC